AACGCGGUGGCGAAUGAUUACGCGACCGAGAACCGGAACGGCAAGUUGGAUCCGUCGAUCGAGCGAAUUUUUCGAGGAUCCGGCGAACAGAGAAGCAACGUCGGCAGUGAAACGAGCAAAUCUGUCCACCACGAAGACGCCGACAAACGUCUUGUGAGGAUGAAACGUGACAAAGUGCAAUCCGGCAGUUCGAGAAGCUUGAACGAGGAACGCUCGAUUUCUGACAAACGUGGUAAAAGCAGUUCGAGAAUCAGUCGCUAUUCCAAGGCCGCUCUUCCGAAGCUUCCAGACAAAGAUCACGAGGUCGAUCAAGAGAAAUUCGAGUAUACGGACGAAGCUGAGGAUGAUGCUUCGAGGAACAAAGAGACCAGGUACAAGAGCAACGAUCUCCGCGCGAACGAAGAUUCCGCGGGGUUCAUCGAUCAGGAGGAGAGAUCGAACCUGUACGACGACUUCGAAUCGAAGGACGUGGUGAAGAGAGGAGCCUCCGGAGCUGAGGACUACGAAGAGGUGGACGACGACGCUGUCGGAGCUGCGGAAGACACCGCAGCUCUCAGAAGAAAUUCAUUGAUCCAGGACGAGGAAACUGAGAAGAGAGAGGUACACAGCGACGUUCGAGUGAAGAGGGAACACGAGAACACGAAGGGAGAAUCGGAGAAUUCUGAGGAAAAAUCGGGGAAUCCCGGAGCGUCUGGCGACUCGUCCAGCGAUCGAAAAACAGCAGAGACGUCCUCGAAACGAGACACCGUGUCCGACAACAAAGCGGCCGAGGCAACAGCGAGUGAAGCAGGCAAGGAUUCUAACGAUCAGUCGAAGAAAAAUGUUGCGGAGAAGAGCGAGAAUUGCGGCCAAGGCUCGGGAUCGAAUAAUGAGAAACUGAUCGGCGAGACUGUGAAACUUCAGAACGAGCAGCGCCUGAAUUCGGGAAUCGUGACAGACGCGAGGACCGGCAAUCAGGGAACCGAUUUAUUAUCCGGCAAAGUGGCGGAGUCGAAAGUUGCCGACGUGGCGAACAACGCCGCUGGGGAAGGCUACCAAAGACGAGUGGAAGAGCAGAUUCAGCGGAAGAUCGACUCGAUCAAGGAGCAGAUCAAACGAGAGAUCGAGGAGAGCCAGCGUCUGAGGGAGAUCGAGGAGAACAACGCGAGGUUCGACGAGUUGCGCGAGCUGCAGGAAGGCGAGGCGUCGCUGGCUGGCGAGGACGCUUCCGACAAGUCGCAGACCAACAGCGACAACACCGUGAAACGAUCGACAAAAAGGAGCAAGAGGCAGGACAACGCGGUUCAAGAGUCAGAAACCUCGAGCAAGAAAUCUCGACGAGGAACGACGAUGAGGAAACGAUCGACGACGAAAAAGGAGAAGUUUAAAAAAACGAUGGUUUGCUUUCUCGACCGGCAGUCGAACGAGGACGAAAAGGUGGUAGCAGAGGAGGAUUCUUCGUCGGGGAAGAAGUCGGCUUCGGUGGCGUUACUGAGACAGAGUGACGAGGAGCUGGCACCACUGGCAACAGAGUACGGGGAAGCUUUCGGCGGCUUGAACGGAGAUCCUGGGAUGGAGCUGGCUAGGUUCAAGAGAAUCAAGCGAGUCCUUCGGUCAUCCACCUCGAAGAUC